GAUUUAACUGACGAUGUACCAAAUGCUCAAUGAUGAAGUGUGCAGAGUCAACAGACGUCUGCUAAGUGCUUUAGGCCUAACUUAAGUGCAAAUAAAAACCACUGAAAUCCGUGAAACCAUCAAACUAUAGCAAAUCUAUCCAUCGAACUGGACUAGUUCUGCUGAACGAAAGAAAUGAAUAAGGAAGAUGCAUUACAAUACUUCCAGCAAUGCAUGGAGGAGAACGCAGACAUAUCCAGUGCCGUGGCAGCCAUCCACACUCUGAUUGAACAUCUUAAACUUAGUCCAGCUGGCACCUUAGCUGGUCUGAGGGAGAGUUUGAAAGACUGCAUCGGCUGGCUGAUGGAGACAGAUAACUCAGUCACCUCGAUAUCAUCAGGAUGUGAGCUCUUCCUGAGGUUUAUCACACUGACGGCUCUUGAUCAGACGAAUUUUCAAGAGAGCAAGAACAUCUUGGUGGAGAGAGGUAAAAUGUAUUUACAGAAAGUCGCAGGCUCAAGGGACAAGAUUGCGGGCCUGGGAGAACCUUUCAUCAGAGAUGGAUGUAGCAUUCUUACACACUCGCACUCCCGUGUUGUCUUCAAGACCUUAAUGGAGGCAGCAGAAAAUAAGAAAAGAUUUAACGUCUUCAUAACGGAGUCCUGCCCUGACAGAUCAGGAGAGUUGAUGGCCAGGAAGUUGCGAGAAGCUGGUAUUCCCGUUGUCGUCAUACUAGAUGCUGCAGCAGGAUAUAUCAUGGAAAAGGUUGACCUUGUCAUGGUAGGGGCAGAGGGAGUGGUUGAAAGCGGUGGCAUCAUAAACAAGAUUGGCACAUACCAGUUAGCAACUUGUGCCAAGAUAGCCAACAAGCCAUUCUAUGUGGUGGUUGAAAGCUUCAAGUUCGUGCGGUUCAUCUACCCCCUUAACCAGCAGGAUGUGCCAAAUGAGUAUAAGUACCACGCCUCGACGCUUAAAUCAACCUCUGACCUGAGCCACGCCCACCCACUGAUUGACUACACACCUCCAGCCUACAUCACCCUCCUCUUCACUGACCUGGGGGUCCUGACACCGUCUGCCAUCAGUGACGAACUCAUUAAGCUGUACUGCUGAUGACACUGCGUGAAGGCACAGGCCUGGCUCGUGUGUGGAGCAUGGGGCUUUGUGACUGUACUGAUGGUACUAUUUACAUACAUGCUGGACAGAAAUGGAGUCUUAUGUCAUCGUUGUCAUACGCUGUCGUCUUAGCCAGUGUCUCUCUCCACUCACGUCUUUGUGGGUCUAGAGGGAUACCAGCGAUUAUACACUGCAUUUGUAUGGAUAAACAUCAGUGUGGACUACCAGCUGCCAUAAUUUGAGUUACUCAGCAAUACUCUGCUUCUGCUUCUCCGUGCUGUCUUUCAAAAGUUGCGGCAUGGAUCGUGGAAAAAGAGAGUGCUUGCUGAAGAUCACAUUUAGAGACUUGAACAUUACAUUUGAGUUUUCUUUAUGCUAUUAAAAAGUUUCUAAAGGGAUGAACAUGUUGUGCUUGAAGCGAGGACACAUUUAAAAUCCAGCCACUUGGCCAGUGGAACAACCCCAUGAAGGGAAAUCAUUUCUUUUUGUUCGAAUAAGAAUUUGCAAUGGAGCUCCAUAUGCAGCAUAAAUGAGGGCAAAAUCAUUCUCUUCUUUUUAAGUUGUUGGUAUGCAUACGAUACAUUUAAUGUAAAUGCACAUGCACUUCAGCACAAGGAGAAAAUAAACACGGUACAGUAUGUGAAAUGUUUCCGCAUGGAGAAA